UAGCAUCAAUCUGUACCACUUCGAUUUUAAAUGCACCAUUCCCUGGCUUUCGCGGUGCUCUUUCUGGGUUCACUAAAACCUUAAAAAGCUAUUUUCCCGCUCUCUCCACACUUGGCAUUAUGUUUCGGACUUAGUCGGCAAAGUCCGCACAAUUACACGACGCUCACUCGUCCGGAAAGACGCAGAAUGGUACUCAGGCGUCCAUGACACAGCCAGCUGCAACACAAUCGAGGACAGAACCUAGGGAACCUGUUCGAGGAAGGAAGUAUAUAUGUGCGUAGGACCCGCCAGUACUGGGAUCAACGUCAGCAUCAGCAUCAGUCUUCAAUUUCGGUCGCCAACAUCAAAUACACAUCAACAUGGCAUCAGAUAAGCGAAUUAUUCUCAUCACAGGCGCGAACAAUGGCAUUGGCUUUGAUUCAAGCUAUGCUUUAGCGGCCGCUUCACCGAACAACCACAUCAUCAUGGGCGUACGCACCAUGUCCAAAGGCGAGACCGCCAUCAAAGAGAUACAAACCCGUAAGCCCCAAGGCACCCUCAGCCUUGUGCAACUUGACAUAUCCGACGACGAAUCCAUCACGGCUGCUGCCCAACAGCUCGCCUCUGAGUUCGGUCGCAUCGACGUGCUUGUCAACAAUGCGGGUAUUGUCGUGAAAGGCCCUCCAUCCCGAGAUAGUCUGCGAGCGACAUUCGAAACGAACGUCUACGGCCCAAUGCUCUUGACACAAGCCAUCAUCCCGCUGGUACAGAAGUCCAAGGACCCACGCAUCAUUAACGUUUCGAGUACGAUGGGGUCUAUUGGUCUUCGCACGGAUCCAACUUGGGCUCAUUAUAAACAACAGUUCGAUGUGUAUCGCAUGAGUAAAUCAGCCAUGAACAUGAUGUCCGCCUGCCAGUAUUUCCAGCACAAGGACUGGGGCUGCAAGGUUUGGGCAUAUUGUCCUGGCUUCGUGGUUACGGAUCUGACGGGGAGGGAAGAUAGACAGAGGCGAAUUGACAACGGGGCUGAAAGUUCGGAGACGAGUGCACAGGGGAUACUUGAGAUUGUUGAAGGGAAGAGGGACGGGGAAGUGAACCAAUUUGUUGAAAGAUAUGGGAAGGUGGCGCCAUGGUAGAUAACCCUUAGAACACGUAAUUCCGGUUUGGGACUUACUGUAGAAACUUCAUCGAAUUGGAGGUUACGUGGGGAGUAUCUGGUGUUGCUAACUUCAUAUCUGCACUUGCCCUGAAGCUUUACAGUUUUGGCGCAUUGAUCACAACCGAAAUCAUGUGUUUUGAUUUUCCAAUGUACCAAGACCAUAUAUAUUUACAAACUUAGCGCUAGCUAGUAUUCUUGC